AUGCAGGGGUCAGGAUUGGCAAUGUCCAGAAGUUUUGGAGAUACUCAAAUGCAAUCAGUGGGAGUUACAUCAGAACCAACCAUUUAUGAGUCGAAGGUAAGACAACAGGAUUUGUUUAUGGUGAUUGCUUCAGAUGGUGUGUGGGAAUAUAUGACAAAUUAACAAGUGGCAAAGUUGGUUUAUGAGAAAUAUGAGUAAUAGGAUCAGGCAGCUUAGUACUUAAUUUAAUAGGCUCAGCAAUAAUGGAAGGAAAAUGAUGUGGUUGUAGAUGAUAUUAGUUGUAUUGUUGUGUUUUUUAAUUAAUCAUUAUGA